AGGAAAGGGCAGCUGGAGUUGCACACUCCACAUAAAGUAUCCCCAGCGCUCGAAACCACAGUCUUUGUUGCCAUAAAGCUGUAGGAAUCUCUCUCUCUCUCUCUCUCUCUCUCUCUCUCUCUCUCUCUCUCUCUUUGUGUGUGUGUGUGUGUGUGUGUGUGUGCGCGCGCGCGCGCUUUGGAUUGUAAUGUUCUGGCAGGCAUGUAGAGAAAGUUGCGAACGUUAGUCCGCUACUGGAGGCGUCCCGGAGAAGAAAAGGAGAGGACCAAGAAAAGAAAAGUCGGCUAACUUCUAGAGUUCAAGCGGAGCUUCGAGAGCGGCACAUUUGCGACGAGCAAGAAAAAAGUGAAGAGGAAAGUUCAGAAAAGUUGAAACAUAUUUUAACAAGGGAAAGCCCGCACUCGGAAACGUGUCAACUUAGAUGCGGCUCUAAGGAAUGUGCAGUCACCAUGGAAACACAGUCCCAGGCAAGUUCAACAGCAGAGAAGAAAAAGAGGGUAGAGUCCAUCAUAGCAACCAAGAGAUCCUCCUUGACCCGUACUGAGAUCAGCGAAAAGGCUGUGGCUUCCAGCACCACAUCCAAUGAAGAUGAGAGCUCUAGCUCUCACUACCAUCGGGAUAGGCGCAAUGUGAUUAGCGCUCAAUUACCAGUUCCAGGCCAGGCUUCAGUGACUGAUAAGAUGAGUGAUGAGCCAUGCACCUCCACAGAAGAGCGUCCCUUGCUGGUGAAGAAGGAGUUGCAGACCUCCCUGCCCUACUUCCCUGAACACGCACUUCCUUACCGGGGCACAUUGUUUGCAAUGGACCCUCGAAGCGGCUAUCUGGAUCCUCACUAUACUCCGGCUCAGUUUUUCCAUGGAUUCCACCCUCCUGUGCCAGUCGACGAAAGACACACACAGGGACGAUACAUCUAUGAGCCCUCUCCAGUGCCACCAAUCCAUGUGCCUCCAGUACUGGCAGGUAGCCCUGCAUUUUCUGAUAUCUCCGUCAUCAGAUUCCCACCUCACCGGAAUUCUUCAGGCAUUGGUGUGGAUUCACCUUUUAGCCCCCCACACCCAUACAUCAACCCCUACAUGGACUAUAUCCGCUCCAUUCACAGCAGCCCUUCUCUUUCUAUGAUCUCUGCAGCCAGGGGACUCAGCCCUGCAGAUGCCCAACACAAUGGUUUGACCACUGCAGAAUACUACCAUCAGAUGGCAAUGCUAGCAGGUCACCGUAGCCCCUAUGCUGACAUAAUUCCCUCCACCAUAUCCACCACUGGAGCAGGGACCAGUACAUUGCACAUGGAAUACCUCCAAGCUUUGGAAGCAGGUUCUCGCUUUCCCAGUCCGAGAUUCCUUAACCGUCAGGGCAGGAAGCGGCCCCUUCCUGUUUCACCACACUCAGACACAAGUUUUGAUUUUCAAGCGAUGAUCCGGAAAUCACCAAAUUCCCUGGUAAGCAUCCUGAACAGCUCGAGGCCCAGCUCAUCCAACAGUGGAUCCUAUGGUCAUCUGUCUGCUGGUACUAUCAGUCCUGCACUGAGUUUUGCCUACCCUCCCACCCCAGUAGCACUGCAAAUGCAUCAGCAGCUAAUUGGCAGGCCUCCUGGAAUUGUAGGUUCUACUUUUGGACACAGUCCUCCUCUCAUCCACCCUGGCCCUGCUUUCAAUACCCACAGACCCAUAGCAGGCAUAACCUCUUCAGGACCUGGGCCCACAGAGCGCUCCACCAUCUCCUCUGACUUACAAAGUAAACCCACUAGUGAGUCAGCAGUGACCAGUACAGGAGACCUCAUGCAAAACAAACGCUCCAAACUCAAGCCUGAUGACGAGCCUCCCAGCCCUGGAGCAGUUAGUGUUCAGGAUCAUCUGGAAGGAAUGACCCAGGUAAAAGAGGAGGAAGAUAAAGAAGAUGGGAAACAGGAGUCAGAGGUGGUGUAUGAGACUAACUGCCACUGGGAGAACUGCUGCAGAGAGUUUGACACCCAGGAACAGCUUGUACAUCAUAUAAAUAAUGACCAUAUCCAUGGUGAGAAGAAGGAGUUUGUGUGUCGAUGGGAAGAAUGCUCUAGAGAACAGAAGCCCUUCAAAGCCCAGUACAUGCUGGUGGUACAUAUGCGCAGGCACACAGGCGAGAAACCACACAAGUGCACGUUUGAAGGCUGUUCCAAGGCCUACUCUAGACUUGAGAACUUGAAGACACACUUGCGCUCUCACACAGGAGAGAAACCUUAUGUAUGUGAGCAUGAGGGCUGCAACAAGGCCUUCUCGAAUGCAUCAGACCGUGCCAAACAUCAGAAUCGGACCCACUCCAAUGAGAAACCCUAUGUAUGCAAGAUACCUGGCUGCACCAAACGCUACACUGACCCCAGCUCUCUGCGCAAACAUGUAAAAACUGUUCAUGGUCCUGAAGCCCAUGUCACUAAGAAACAACGUGGAGAUGUUUAUCCUCGCCCCCCGGCUCAUCCCCGUGAACCUGGAGCCAAUGGACAAGGCCGGUUGUCAAAAUUGCAGCACUCCUUAGAAGCUUUUCCUGACCAAAAGGAGUAUAGCAAUGCUACCUCAAAACAAAAUGACUGUCUGCCAGUCAAGUCAAUCAAGACAGAGAAGCCCAUGACGUCUCAGCCAAGCCCUGGCGGUCAGUCUCCAUGCAGCAGUGACCAGUCCCCCACCAACUCCCAUUUCAGCCAUGGAGUCCAACCUACUGUGAGUGCUAUUGGCCUUAUGGGGGAGAAGGUGGUAGAGGACCAGGAGUUUGAACAGGUGGAUGAAGAGAAGGACAAUGAGGGAGAAGAGGAGGAUUCCCCCAUCAUGGUCUCUACUGUAUCCACUGCUACAGCCACAGCAGCUACUCUAGCCAUACAGCCCCGCAGAAGUCUAGGGCAGCCCUUGCGCUGGAUGGAACAGGUUAAGAUGGAUAGGCUAAGGCAGGUGAAUGGAGGGACAUCAAGGCUGGGACAUCUGUCACUCACAGCACCCUCUAAAGUCCACAGUCCUCCCUCCCUCACAGGAAAAGGCUUAUAUACACUUAAAAGUACUUGUGGGGAUACACCAGUGCCUCAGCCUCCAUUAGAUCCCGAGCCAUCCAGCACAGAGCUGACAAUGCUGAGCCUCCUACGUGAUCGCUGUAACAGCAGUGGCAGUGCCACCAGCUCAGCCUACCUAAGUAUCUCUCCCUGCUCCUCAAGCCGCCGCUCCAGCCAAGCCUCACAGUCUGAGCACAGCCAGCAGAGACAGCUGCACAAUUUCAGUGCUACUGACUCCUAUGACCCCAUCUCCACUGAUGCCUCACGUCGCUCCAGUGAGGCUAGCCAAUGUGGUGGAGGUGGUUCUUGUGGGGUAGUCAUUGGAGGAAACUGGGGAGAUGAAAGUGGAGGUGUGGGAGGAGGUGGGAUGGGAUCAAGAGGUAUGUUGAACAUAACACCAGCACAGCACUAUCAUCUCAAAGCCACAUAUGCAGCUGCAAUUGGUGGACCUUCUCCAACACCUUUGUCUAACAUGAAACAAUUGAGCUAUAAAAUUCAAACAACUAAGGCCAGGGAUGUAAAAGGCACAAACCAGCUCAUAUUGCCAUCACUGUUCAGACCACGUUGCAGUAGUGAUGUAAGUUCUCAUGGACAAAGCAGUCACAUUAGUCAGAGAGGACUGUAUCCAUGGGAAAACCCAAGCAAAAGUAACAGAAGAACAAGUGACCCUCUAAGGCCGAGAGAACAAAAUAUAUAUGGAAGUCCUCAGAUACAGCGUUUUGGUAGCCAGAAUAACAUGGGUCAAUUACCCCCUCUGGUUGGAAAUGAUAUUCCAGGAGGGGUUGGUAAAAGUACAACCCACCAAAACUACACCAACUUAGAGGACAAUAUACAGAGUGGUCAGCUCUCCCCUUUCCCUCUUAGCAUUGUGGAACAAUCAGCACAAUCAGCUUUAACCAUGAAACAUGAUGAGGCUCUUUUAUUUAGGGACGGUGACAUUCUUUCCGAGGAUAAUGGAGCUCCCAGCAGUCAGCAAAAUUGUAUAAAUUCCCAAUUUCACAGAAGUUAUUUUAGCAAGGAGGUGCAGAACAUCCAGAAACAUUUAAAGCAACAUGGGGCACAAGAAGCACAAAGUCCAAAGAAAGAGAGACUGCCAAUCCAGUGGAAUGAGGUAAGCUCAGGAAGUCCUAAUUUUUUACCCCCUCAGGAACCGUGGAGGUGUCAGUGGUGGGCAAAACAAAUGAAUGCAGAAGGCCUUCCACUUAGUCACUUUGAAAAUAUGAUACAACAGCAGCUCCCUUCAUACUUUACAGACAAGAAACACCUUAAUCAGAGGAGUAAUGUUAACCAAAAAAAAGAAGUGAACAAUGGGCACAGUUACCCAAAUCAACAUAGGCAAGAAUCAAAUUCAAGCCAAACAAUAUCUUGCAAAAUGAGCCAGGGUGUAUCAGUGGAUACUACGCAAUGGAACUGCAAUGGCAAAAAUAACAACUCAAACACAUUUAACUUUGGUCAGCAAAACUGUCAAAAUGCCCUGGACCCUAUCCAGCCAAGUAGCCCUCAUCAAGCUAGUCAGUCAGAAACUCAACAGCUUCAACAGAACCCUGAAAUUCCAUAUCAAACAAGUGGAAACUCACUCCAGCAAGGAACAAUAAAGUCCAGUUUAUCUCAUGCCUUUGUGGUCCCUCUACAACCCCAGUGUGCAAUGUCUAGCCAGUCUGUGGAUCAAUACCCCUCUCAAACACAGCAAUAUUCCAACCAACAGAUCACCAGUAGUCACAAUACACAGGCCUGCCAAAGAUUUAAAAAAGUUAAUAUCACUAACUGUUCAUUUGCCAACCACGUGUCAGGACUAAAACUAGAAAUAGAAGACCUGCUUCAAUCCAACUUAUGCUCUUCCAUGCAGCAACAGGAAGUGUACGAGCAGUGCUUUGACUCAGCAAAGUCUUCAACCUUCAGAGCUCAGCACUGCCAAAUGGAGUCAUUUAAAAUCGAGACUGGGGUAUCAUGUAGACCCUUGGAUGAUCUUCUGUCCCCUGGGGCUGAUCAGGUGACCAGCACAAUAGAAAGCAACCCAGAUCGCAGUGUUCAGGAUAAUGUUGACCUACAUUUUUCCUCCAUGGAUGAUAAUUUUGACCAAGGCAGUUCUGUUUCUGAUGUAAUCAGUCGUAGUGUUCUUCAUAGUUUAUCACAGACUUUUUCUUGGCUUACAACUCCACACCUCUCAGCUGUACCUCAUAGUUUGCCUCCUGGUACAACCAACAUGGCCAUUGGAGACAUGAGCUCCCAUCUGACUACCCUUGCAGAAGAGAACAAGUUUCUUGCAAUUAUGCAGUAGGUUUUAUAAUCCUCCAAUAGAAUAGGGAAAACAAUAAUAUACUGAAGUAAUUUAAAAAUCUGGAUGAGGAGCAGAAAUCUUUGAUUUACAUUUGUCAGUGUAGGGGGAGUUAACUAUAGUAUAUCUGCUAUUUGUAUAUGCAUUAGUCCACUCGCCUUACUCACCUUACACACACACACACACACAAACAUAUAUAUAUAUAUAUAUAUUAUAUUAUAUUAUAUUAUAUAUUAUAUUAUAUAUAUAUACACACACUACCAGUCAAAAGUUCUCAAUAAUGUCCUUUGAACAGUUGAUAUUGAGAUGUCUGCUACUUAUGCUCUGUAAAGCCUUCAUAACGGCUCUAAUCUGAGGUGCUGUUAAUUGGUGAUUUCUGAGGCUGGUAACUCUAAAUGAACUUCUCCUCUGCAGCAGAGGUAAGUUUUGGUUUUGCUUUACUGGGAUGGUCUUCAUGUGAGCCAGUUUCAUCAUGGUGCUUGAUGGGUUUUGCACUUGACAAUACUGUUCUUGCAAGAACUAUUCCAGAACACCUGACCUUCGUGUCUUAAAAUAACAACUGACUGUUGUUUUUUGUCAUUACAUAUGGAUUACUUAAGUCCAUGUGUUAUUUCAUAGUUUUGAAAUCUCCAGUAUUGUUCUAGACAAAAAACACUGAAUUAAAAGGCGUGUCCAAACUUUUGACUGGUAGUGUGUGUGUAUGUAUAUAUAUAUAUAUAUAUAUAUAUAUAUAUAUAUAUAUAUAUAUAUAUAUAUAUAUAUAUAUAUAUAUAGGCAUUCUGUUUGUGGAGUAUUUGAAUAUAGAAAAUUUAAGGUGAUUUGGUGACAACAGCAUCAUUCCCCCCUCUACAGUCUUCAAUUCAAUUCAAUUUCAUUUGUACAGUGUUUAAAGCAUUAGCUCUUUCACAAAGCAGCUUUACAGAAAUAUCUAAAUUCUGGAUAUUAAUUUUACAUUUAUAAAUUUGUCAUUCAAUAUUCUGUGUAUUACUGUUGUUUUGGAUAUUGAUCUAAAACUUUCACUGACAUGCAUGUUAUUUCUUUCAAAUCUAAACAAUGACUUUUUUUGCAAGUAUAAAGUCUCGCAUUUACUAAAGAUAUCCUUGCUAUUUUCAUCAGGUAGAGACAAGAGAAGUGUUCCAUUUAAGAGGACUUAGUGUUGAAAUUUCCUAUGUUAACAUUUUAAUUAUGUUGUAUGUCUUGCAAUGGAAGUAUUGAAAUCAUUUUCCUGGUCUUGUAUUGUGCUUGACAUAUUUUUCAGACAUGGCUACACAUAUGAGGGGCUAUUUUAUUACACAAGUGCUGAUCAGAGCCUCACAUUUUAAAUUAUACUGCUUAAUUUACCAUGAUUGAUACAUGUAUAUAAAAUUUCCAUAUUUUUUACACCUUGCAUACUGUGGCCUAAUUACUGGUGCUUACAUGCUGUGUGUAUUAUAAAAAGAAAAAGAGGUUAUAAUUUUUUCUUAACAUGGUGCAUUUUAAUAUGUCAGAC